CUUUCCUCAGCUCUGCUGUACGAGUUGCUCUAUGAGAAAGUAUUUGAUACAGAUGUAAAGAAAAUCAUAGCAGAACUUGGUGCUGUUGGUGUGACAGAGGAAAGUAAUGGUAGCAGUGAUGUAUCUGCUUCAGAUUCAGAAGAUGACAACUACAGAAGUAAAGCUACAACAGUUAGCGAUAUGAAUGGAUUGAAGUCUCUUUCUGGCAACAAGCACCUUAAGAGCAAUGGGAAUCCUACCUUGUUGGUCUUACCUAAAAAAGUUCUUAAAUCACUCAAUCCAUCAGUUUACAGAAAUGUUGAAUAUGAUGUUUGGCUCCAAUCCAAAUGGGAUCAGCAAAAACAAGAUUUUUCUAUUGCUGCUGGCAUGCAAUACUCAGUUGGAGAUAAAUGUAAAGUGCGCUUAGACCAUAAUGGGAAAUUUUAUAACGCCCAUAUUCAAGAAGUUUGUUCAGAAAAUGGGCCAGUUGUUGUAUUUGUAGAAGAGCUUGGAGCAAAGCAUGCUGUCUCACUGAAGAGCCUUAAACCUCUUCCACAGGCCUCUCCUAUGGAGGGCUGGAACACUGUGCCAGGGAAGAAGAUAAAAAAGUUUUUCCCAACAUGGGGGCAGAAUGCUCAGCCCGAUGCAGAUUGCAGAGGGCCAAAGAAUCAGAGCAAGUCAAUAAAACCCCAGUCAGCACUACCUCCUCGACUUCAGCAUACUGUGGGAACUAGGCAGCAUCAGUUCUUAUGUUCUGGACCCCAACCUCAUCAGACCUCAAGUGAGCAAAAAGCUCUGGGCAGGAAUCCUUCCCAAACUGUAAGAAAACCAGACCGGGAGAGAACUGAGGAUCUGAACCAUGGCAGCAGAGAUUGUAACUACUUUGGCCUGUCUCCAGAGGAACGCAGGGAGAAACAGGCUAUAGAAGAAUCUCGUUCGCUUUAUGAGAUCCAGCAGAGAGAUGAACAAGCUUUUCCUGCUCUUUCCAAUAAUCAGUCAGUCUGUCAGGCUGCUACACAGACUGUGGAAAAUUUAAACCAGAAAAAGUUCUCAAAUAAUGAGAGAAGAAAUAGCAAGUGGACAGCAGAGGCGGAAGAGCAGAAGGAUAAAGAGUCAAAUUCCAAGCAGAUCCACUUAAGUCAGAAGCUUGAGCCAAAUUCAUCUGAGAAGAAUAGUCAAGAUGAGAGUUAUCCAAAAGCUUCAUCUUCUUUGGAACAAGUAAAAACAGAUUCUCCGAUUCUUGCUGAGCAAAACCUGACAGAAUGCUUACCAAGCAUAACUCCAACACCCUCACCAGUCUUUUCUGAGGUGCAUUUAAAUCCAGCAGUGCCUUCUGUACCAGCCAUUGUGCCAGCUUGGCCAAGUGAGCCAACAACCUAUGGAACAGCAGGUAUUCCAGCCCAAAUACCUGCUUCUUCAUUGAUGCCAGCCCCAGCAACAGGACCCGACUCUAUUGUAUCACAGGCUCAGACUCUGAAUCCUUAUCAGGAUCCGCUAUACCCUGGAUUCCCUUUUAAUGAAAAGGGAGAAAGAGCCGUUGCACCCUCUUACUCCCUGUGCAAUACUGGGGAAGACCUACCUAAAGAUAAGAAUAUUCUUAGAUUUUUCUUCAAUCUUGGUGUGAAGGCUUACGGUUGUCCCAUGUGGGCACCCCAUUCUUACUUGUACCCCCUGCACCAGGCCUAUUUAGCUGCUUGCAGAAUGUACCCAAAUGUGUCCCUUCCUGUGUAUCCGCACAACCCCUGGUUCCAGGAGGCUCCACCGACUCAGAAUGAAAACGAAACUGCACGAACAAACAGGCACUUUCCUGUUCAGAGCGAGGCCAGAUCCAACGGUCAAAUUCCACAGGUUGAUACUAGAUCUCCAUCGCUGCCUCUGAUUAUACCUACAGCUCAGGUGUCAGAAAGUCAAGGACAGGUCUGUGUAGAAUCGGAGAAUCCGGUGCAAGCUCUUCAUGCAAACUAUGAGGAGUCCCUGAGAGGGAAAAAUAUGUUCCCACAGCCACCCUUUGGACACAAUCACUUUCUAGGAGCUGUUCCAAUAGCACCUCCUUUCUUUUCUCACUUUUGGUAUGGGUACCCAGUUCAGGGUUUUAUUGAAAAUUCAGUAGCAAGACCUAAUGUUGUCAUGUCACCCGAGGACAAAGAGGCAACAACUAGCACCUCUGCGAACGUGUAUGUGGCUAAAGAAUGCAGCCCUCCAGUUCCUGUGGUCAACUGUGCCGAACAGCUUCAGAAGACUAACAGCAGCAGCGGCUCGAACACCAUACCGUUCCCUGUGGCUGGGGCAAGCAGUGAAUGCAGUGCCCCGAAAGACACUUCAGCUAGGGCCCCUCAGUUGGAGCAAACUUGUCCUUCGGCUUCUCCUGCUAAGCAAAAAACAGCUGGGCAGCAAAAUCGUUCUCCACAAACACAGGGGACUGAGAGGCAGACAGCAGUGCCCAAUGCUCCGCCACUGUUGGCAGAACCACCAAAAGGUGAACUGAAAAAUAGCAUUCCCAGUCGUAAGGAGAAGACUGAUAAAGGUAGAGAUUCCAAGGGUGCUGGUAAUCUGCAGACAGAAAGCAGGGCACAGAGAACGAGGGAAGAGAGCUCUGAGGAUGAGAGUGAAGUCUCCGAUAUGCUGAGAAGUGGUAGAUCCAAGCAAUUUUAUAACCAGACUUACGGAGGAGGCAGAAGGCCUAGACUCGAGUGGGGUUAUUCCAGUAGGGGAGGAUACCAGUUCCAGAGAAACGAGGAAGCCUGGAAAGGACCACCCAGCAGAAGCAGAGACGACGGCUACCAGUAUCAGCGAAACUUCAGAGGCAGGCCAUAUAGGAAUGACAGGAGAAGGGCAACACUGGGAGAUAAUCAGAGGGGGCAUCAAGCAUAGAGUGA